AUGCGUCUGCAGGUAGCUGUAGCAGGCCUUCUACUUCUGACAGAUGCUGUUGUUUCUACUCCAAUAGUGAGGGGGGUGGUGGGGCAGCCGGUCACCCUCUCCUGUACCUAUUCCACCAAAUCUGGGGUCACCACCAUGUGCUGGGGCCGAGGGGCUUGUCCCUCCUCCAAAUGCUCACAGGAGAUCAUCUCCACGGAUGGGUACCAUGCCACCUAUUGGAAGGACAUACGUUAUAAGCUGAAAGGGAAAAUCCAAGAUGGGAAUGUCUCUUUGACCAUAGAGAAUGCAGCCAUGGCUGACAAUGGUCUCUAUUGCUGCCGAGUGGAGCAUAGGGGCUGGUUUAAUGACAUGAAGCUCACCAUGUCACUGGAGAUCAUACCAGAUGGGAAUGGCACUGUGACACAGUCUUCUAAUGGCCCUUGGCAUACCAAUCAAACUUGGGUAUUGCCGGCAAGGAAUUCCUGGACAAUCUCCACUAAGGUGAUCACCAUUGGAGUCAGUAUAAUUGUCGGGGUAUUGCUCAUCCUUUUGUUUGUCAAGAUUGCCAAAAAAUAUUUAUGCCUGAGAAGUAAGCUGCUGCAACUCAGCAUGGUUUUUGUGAACGGCCCUCCGAUUGGAGCUUUGCAAAAUGCAGCUGAAAUGCGUGCCCGAGCAGAAGACAAUGUCUACUUCGUUGAAGACAAUCCUUAUGUUGUGGAUUGA